GGGGCCGGCCCUGCCCCCGCGGCCGGCGGCGGCCCAAGGUUUAAAGUGAGAACUUUCUGCGGGCGGCGCCGAGCCGCACAGCCCGCCGCCGCCGCGCCGCUCCUGCCCCGCGCCCCAGCCGCCGCCUCCCCCGGGCGGGCCGUACAAUCCUCGGCAGUGUCCUGAGACUGUACGCCCGCCUCGGGGGCGACCCGGCCGAACCGCACCCCGGACCUCCGGCCCUCCCCGCCGCCGCCGCCCGCCGAGCUCCGUCCCGCGGGCAGGUGCUGAGCCCGCCCCGGCCCGCCCGGCCCGAGAGGCGGCGCAGAGCCGGCAGCCGCCGCGAUGACAGCUGACAAGGAGAAGAAAAGGAGCAGUUCAGAAAGGAGGAAGGAGAAAUCAAGAGAUGCAGCAAGAUGCAGGAGAAGCAAAGAAACUGAAGUUUUCUAUGAACUGGCACAUGAGCUGCCCCUGCCCCACAACAUCAGUUCCCACCUGGACAAGGCAUCCAUAAUGCGCCUGGCAAUCAGUUUCCUACGAACUCACAAGCUUCUGUCUUCAGUAUGUGCUGACAACGAGAAUGAACUAGAGGCAGACCAGCAGAUGGACAACUUGUACCUGAAAGCUUUGGAGGGAUUUAUUGCCGUGGUGACACAGGAUGGAGACAUGAUCUUUUUGUCAGAGAAUGUCAACAAAUACAUGGGUCUUACCCAGGUGGAAUUAACUGGACACAGUAUUUUUGACUUCACUCAUCCAUGUGACCAUGAAGAAAUUCGAGAGAAUCUAAGUCUGAAAAAUGGUCCAGGCUUUGGAAAGAAAAGCAAAGAGAUGUCAACUGAGCGUGACUUCUUCAUGAGGAUGAAAUGCACCGUUACCAACAGAGGCAGAACUGUUAACCUCAAGUCUGCCACAUGGAAGGUUUUGCACUGCACUGGACAAGUUAAAGUGUAUAACACUUGCCCUCCUCACACUCUGUGUGGGUAUAAAGAGCCUCUUCUCACCUGCCUUAUAAUAAUGUGUGAGCCUAUUCAGCAUCCUUCAAACAUCGAUAUCCCCCUGGACAGCAAGACCUUCCUGAGUCGCCAUAGCAUGGACAUGAAAUUUACAUACUGUGAUGACAGAAUAACAGAGUUGAUUGGAUACCAUCCAGAGGAGCUGCUGGGCCGUUCAGCAUACGAGUUCUACCAUGCCUUGGACUCGGAGAGUAUGACCAAGAGUCACCAGAACUUGUGUACAAAAGGUCAAGUAGUGACGGGCCAGUACCGUAUGCUUGCCAAGCAUGGCGGAUACGUAUGGCUGGAGACUCAAGGAACGGUGAUUUACAAUACGCGCAACCUACAGCCUCAGUGUAUCGUCUGUGUCAACUAUGUGCUGAGUGAAAUUGAGAAGAACGACGUUGUGUUCUCCAUGGACCAAACAGAAUCACUCUUCAAGCCUCACCUGCUGACAAUGGGCACCACCUAUGAGAGCGGCAUCCCUGGCACAGAGAAGAGCGACUUCUUGUUUACUAAGUUAAAGGAGGAACCAGAGGAACUUGCUCAGCUGGCACCAACACCUGGCGAUGCCAUUAUUUCCCUGGAUUUUGGGACACAGAAGUUUGAGGAAGCCCCUGCCUUCACCAGUGCUGUUUUGACACCUAAUAAGGCAUGGCCAGUGGAAGUGAAAAGCCACACUGCUCAAGGUGAAACACUGACGAUACCAUCCUUUACAAUGCCUCAGAUUGCACCUGGCAACAGUACUCCAAGUGCAAGCAGCAACAGUAGCUGUUCCACGCCAAGCAGCCCAGGAGAUUAUUACAGUUCUGUGGAUGAAGAUCUUAAGAUUGAGGUGAUUGAAAAACUCUUUGCCAUGGACACAGAAUCAAAAAGUCAGUGCAACUCCCAGACUGACUUCAAUGAACUGGACCUUGAAACCUUGGCGCCUUACAUUCCUAUGGAUGGAGAAGAUUUCCAGCUCAGCCCAAUCUGCCAAGAAGAACGUCCUCUCUCUGAAAGUGCACAAAAUACCCAGCAGAGUCUAAGUAGCAUGAGUACCAUCUUCCAACCUCUUGCUUCUGCUUCACAGAAUCAGUUCCUCCCAGAGAAAUAUUGCCCACAGCUAUCAAAUAAAAACAUUAACCCUGGUCAUGGGUCUCUGUCAUCAGUGUUCUUCAACAACAUGAGUAGGUCAUCACUGCCACCAUACCAUGACCAAGCCAGCACUCCCCUGUCUUCGAUGGGAGGAAGACCAAACACCCAGUGGCCACCUGAUCCCCCAUUAGAAUAUGUUCCUGCUAAAUGGAGACGCAUGGAUAAAUACUCAGGAUCCCUAUCAAGUUCUGCUUCAGGGCCACCAGUACAUUCUCCCAGCAUGCCCAUGUAUAAAAAAAGGCCCCUGGAUGCUUUUGGGCAGCGAGGCAUAGAUAUAAACCCAGCAAGAAUUGCUCUGUCUAACAGUUUGAAACUGAAGCGACAACUGGAUUAUGAAGAACAAGCAUUGCAACAGCUGAGUGGGGGAGAUCCAUCUGUCAUUAACCCAUCUCACCUAAUGUGGAAGAGAAUGAAAUUUCUCAAAGGGGAAAACUGUUCCUUGGUUACAGAAAAGAAGUCUCUCAGUACAAGUGUGCUUACUGACGAAUUUGUCUGUAACUCAAGAGGUCUGAGCCAACCGAUGAAUCAACUGCAGCAGCAGCAGCAGCAACCCACCUGUGGCAGUCCUGGUGAAAAUUUGAAAGCAGGAGCAUUUCCCCCUCCGUUUUACAGUUCCCAUUAUGAGGACUAUACUGUCCAGCCAGCUCAUAAAGCAUCAGGUAUGACCAGUCGUCUGCUGGGGCCCUCCUUUGAACCCUACUUGUUGCCCGAGUUGACGAGAUAUGACUGUGAGGUGAACGUCCCUGUUUUGGGCAGCUCUACGCUUCUGCAGGGCAGUGAACUGCUCAGAGCACUGGACCAGGCAACCUGAGUGAUCCUGCAAUAGCCCGUGGCCUAUACUGUUCAAAACAGCUUCAGUUUUUAAAUAUAUUUUUGCAAGUAGACAAUUUCUAAUACCAAUACACUUUUACAGGAUUUUACUUAGAUAUUGAACCUGUCCACGUUACCAAAUAGUGGCCUUUUGAAGUUACUCACUUUAUUAUUCAUAUUAAAGAAAUACAUCUACUGUAUUUUCUCUAUUGCAAUUAAAGUGUUGUUUAGAGAGUUUGAUUACCCUCCCCUUAUCUCAUUACUUGUAAUUUAUACUCUGAAAUUUUCUUCAAAUUUCAUGCUAAUAAAAAGCUGUGGUAUAAAUGCCUCAUCAUGUGAUACUUUGGCUGUAGUACUGCAAAGAUUUAUUUUUAUUGCCAAAGAUGAAUGAAACAAAUUUGAUCUCCAACCACAGUUUCUUGUUGAUCUGCCAAAUGGAAAUCCUUUGAGUCUUUGUUUUCCAGCAUUUAUUGUAGUGUAGCUUUCAUAACUCUUGGAAAUGUAUACUAAGGAAAAAUCCCCGCUUUCCACUUCCCCCCCCUUCCCUUCUUUUUUUAUACACUUUGUUGAAAGAAAUGUGAAUAGCGAACUGCAAUGUUUGUGGGUAUCUGUGAAAGUUGCACAUUGUAAGCUUUUUUUUUCAAGCCAUGUUCUCAGCUGCCUUAACCUGGCUUAGC